AUGACCGGCUUCACCGCCGAGACUGGCUCCCGGCGUUUGUACGAAUAUGAGCCCUUCCGCGACGCGCGCAGCAUCCGCAUCCUGACGCUGCACCCGGCGCGCAGCAGAGAGGAGUCGCUCCGCGGUGACCUGAGCACCGAGUUGCUGGAGGAUGCGGCGGAGGCGUCCGCGAUCGACUUUGAGGCCGUCUCUUAUGUAUGGGGGAGCCGCAAGCGCCUGCAGGAGCUGCGCUGUGGGGAUGACCGUGUACUGCCCAUUACGGAGAGCAUCUGCGACGCCCUGCGGCGUGUGCGGCUCGAGGACCGGCCGCGCAGGCUCUGGGCCGACCAGGUCUGCAUUAACCAGGACGACAUUGAGGAGCGCAGCCAGCAGGUCAACUUGAUGAACAGUGUAUACAGGAGCGCGCGGCGGGUACUCGUCUGGCUGGGGCGCGACGACGAGAGCAAGGCCCAGGAUGCGGUCAAGAUGGUAGAGGACUUGCAGAAAGUAUUCUCUGAUGAGGAAGCCCAUGACGAGUUUCGAAAAGCGCAUUCGGAGAACUUGCAUCUGCAAGACGUGGCGCUGUGGAAGCCGUUUGCAAAGCUCGCGAUUCUCCCCUGGUUCAACCGCAUAUGGAUUGUCCAAGAAAUCGGCACCAGGACACCCGCGACACUCUUCUGGGGCGAGGCUGAAAUGAGCUGGGACGUGCUGUCCGGCGUCGUCGCCGUGCUCAACGAGCGCUACCACCACCUCCGCGCGCGCUUCGCCGUCAUGACGCCCAACAUCCGCUACCUGCACCGCCGCUUCGAGGAGCCGCCCGAGGCCGUGCUCAGCCGGCAGCACCGCCGGGGCGACUUCGUCUACGAGCUGCACCGCGCCCGGCACAUGCUCGCCGAGGACCCGCGCGACCGCGUCUUUGCCUUUCUCGGCCACUUUUCGCUGCGCAAGCCGAGCACGACCCCGGCGCUGCGCGGGCUCGUCGCCGACUACGGCCGCUCUGUCGAGGACGUCUACUGCGAUGUCGCCAUGCGCGGGCUCGACGGCGCCGAGUCGCUGAUUAUGCUGACGGCCCCGCACUACGGCGCCGAGGUGUCGCGGAGCAGGCAGAAUUCCAUCCUCACAAACGCGGAUGGAGCUGUGCCUUCUGCAUUGUCGUUUAAGCUGAAUAAUAUGCCCUCGUGGGUCCCUGAUUGGCGGCAACGAGCGCAUCAUUUGUUCGGCUCACCCGAUACACCACACAGGGCAGCCGGCAACACCAAGCCGCAACUGACCAUCGACAAGAGCACACUCACGCUCCACAUCAAAGGCAAGCAUACGGAUACAGUCAAUCUUGUAUCGUGGGUGAUUCGGGGAGACAGCUUCCACGUCCGGAAACAGCGCGAGGACGCCACGCAUCCCAUGGUGGCGCUCUGGCAGCGAAUAUGCGGCCAAAAGUCCCCCAUCCACCCCUCGGCCGGCAACUACUACCCAACCGGAGAGCCUCCGUUCCUAGCAUUGGCACAGUGUCUGACAAACGCCGGCGUCGGAAUGAGUGGCAACCGCGACCAUGCUACGGUUCCCUCUUCAGAGCACGUAGCCAACGCAGCGUCAUACUUGGCCCGAACCGCGCGUCGCUCGGAUCCCAUGGUGUCGGCGGAGAUCCGCGAGCUUGGACUGAACGGGGGAGGCGAUGCUUACAAGUGGUCGCACGAGGCGUCUCUGAUUUCGAGGCACAGGCGGCUAGGCCUCUCCGCGCAGGGCCAUUUCGUCCUGGGUCCGGAGACCAUGGAGCCGGGAGAUGCGGUGACGGUUCUAUAUGGUGGGAGGGCACCAUUUCUGCUGCGGCGAAGGGGGCCGCGAAGUGACGAUGGCUGGAUACUCAUUGGAGAGUGCUAUGUGCACGGGAUGAUGAAUGGCGAGGCGUUGACGAUCAAGGGCGCUGUGGAAGAGACGUUUAUAAUUCAUUAG